AUGGACGUCAAAAUUCAGAAACCGUUAUCGCGGUUUAUGAAAAAGUUGGAUCGUCUAGCCCCUCAACUUACCGAGAACUUUGCCGAAAUCCAGGUUUUGGAUAGAAAGGCGAGGGAGGAUGAAGAUAAAUUGAAGAGAAUUUGUGGUACAGUUGGCUCCAGCCAAUCCAGAUCACCAAAGCAAAAGCGAGAUCAGCACGAGGAGCGUCACAGACAGUUGAUGGCAAGUGCAUUGCUUAUUUAUUUUUACAUUUUUUAUUAUUGAAAGUUUAGAAAAUACUCGACGAAAUGGAAGAAAGUUGUAAAAGGAAAUUAGAAUUGGCGUCUACUUCUUAUGAAACAGUUGACAAAUAUAUCAAUGAUCUAGACAAAAGUUAUUUCAAGUUUACUCAAAACCUCUCGGCUCCAAUGGACAACAAGAGAUCUAAUCAAAAAGCGAGUGGAUCUGGAAGGAAGAAGAAGAGAAAAGCAUCAGAGAUGGCCGAGACUGAUGGAACAGCAACUGAAAGUCUUGGUAAGAUAAUUUUGUUUUAUCCUUUUAGAUUCGCAUUAGAUUCUGAACUUUGUUAGAAGAAAAAACGUUGAGAUUUCAAGGAUUGUAUUAAUGCAUACCAUUUUUUAAUCUGAACGUUUCAGAAUUCGACAGUCCAUUGGUAGAAAUGCCCGUUGAUCCGAAUGAACCCACAUAUUGUUAUUGCCAUCAAGUAUCUUUCGGGCAGAUGAUUAUGUGUGACAACAAGACUUGUACAAUCGAAUGGUUCCAUUUUCAAUGUGUCGGUCUAACCAGUACUCCCAGAGGCAAAUGGUAUUGCGACAACUGUAAAGCGAAAAUCAAGAGGGGACGCAAACCAUCGGCACCUAUGUGA